GAAGUAUGUAGUGAUGUCACCUCCGGGACGGCUCUGGCGUGCUCCAGCCCCACUUCGGAAACCUCCGACUCCCGGACCCGGGCUCCAGCUCUCGGAACUAUGGAGGCCGCGCCCGAGACCCCCCCGCCGCCGCCAUCUGAGUCUCCGCCGCCGCCAUCGCCGCCGCCGCCAUCAACGCCUUCGCCUCCUCCGUGUUCCCCCGACGCCCGCCCGGCCACCCCGCACCUCCUCCACCACCGCCUCCCGCUCCCUGACGACAGGUCAGGCCCCCGGCCGGGCCGGGACAGCGUCCCCGGGGGGGAGGAAGAGGAGGAGGAGGAAGGGGGGCGGCCGCCAUGUUGGGCAGGGCCGCGGAGGAGGAGGAGGAGGAGGAAGGCCGCGUCGGGAAGAUGGUGAGUUGGAAGAAGGAGAACUGGAAGAUGACGGGGCCGAGGAGAUGCAGGACACCUCUGGGGGACCAGAGAGGAGCCGGAAGGAGAAGGGGGAGAAGCACCACAGUGACUCCGACGAGGAGAAGUCUCACCGGAGGCUGAAGCGGAAACGCAAGAAAGAGCGGGAGAAGGAGAAGAGGCGGUCGAAGAAGAGGAGGAAAUCCAAGCACAAACGCCACGCUUCUUCCAGCGAUGACUUCUCUGACUUCUCGGAUGACUCGGACUUCAGCCCCAGCGAGAAGAGCCACCGCAAGUACCGGGAGUACAGCCCGCCCUACGCGCCGUCUCACCAGCAAUACUCCUCAUCACACACCACACCUCUGCCCAAGAAGUCCUAUUCUAAGAUGGAUAGCAAGAGCUACAGCAUGUAUGAGGACUACGAGAACGAGCAGUACGGCGAGUACGAGGGUGACGAGGAGGAGGACAUGGGCAAGGAGGACUACGACGACUUCACCAAAGAACUCAACCAGUACCGGCGGGCCAAGGAGGGCAGCAGCCGAGGCCGAGGCAGCCGAGGUCGUGGCAGGGGCUACCGGGGCCGCGGAAGCCGUGGAGGAUCCCGAGGCCGAGGCCUGGGCAGGGGCAGCCGAGGCCGGGGCAGAGGCUCCGGGGGAGACCACCCGGAGGAUGAAGAGGACUUUUAUGACGAGGAGAUGGAAUACGGAGAGAGUGAGGAGCCCCUGGGAGACGACGACUACGACGAGUAUUCCAAGGAGCUGAACCAGUAUCGCAGGUCCAAGGACAGCCGAGGCCGAGGGUUAAGCCGAGGCCGUGGCCGGGGUUCCCGAGGUCGCGGGAAGGGAAUGGGCCGGGGCCGCGGGCGAGGCGGCAGCCGAGGAGGGAUGAGCAAGGGUGGCAUGAACGAUGAGGACGACUUCUAUGACGAGGACAUGGGCGAUGGUGGUGGAAGCUACCGGAGGAGUGACCACGACAAGCCCCACCAGCAAUCUGAUAAGAAAGGCAAAGUCAUCUGCAAGUACUUCGUGGAAGGCCGGUGCACGUGGGGAGACCACUGCAAUUUUAGCCAUGACAUUGAGCUGCCGAAGAAACGAGAGCUGUGCAAGUUUUACAUCACUGGAUUUUGCGCCCGAGCUGAGAAUUGCCCGUAUAUGCAUGAUAUCUUCCCGUGUAAGCUGUACCACACCACUGGGAACUGCAUCAAUGGCGAUGACUGCAUGUUCUCCCACGACCCACUGACGGAAGAGACGCGCGAGCUCCUAGAUAAGAUGCUGGCUGAUGAUGCUGAGGCAGGCGCCGAGGAUGAGAAGGAAGUGGAGGAACUGAAAAAGCAGGGCAUCAACCCCCUGCCCAAGCCACCUCCCGGCGUGGGGCUCCUGCCCACGCCCCCACGGCCCCCUGGCCCCCCAGCCCCCACGUCACCCAAUGGUAGACCGAUGCAGGGUGGCCCUCCGCCACCCCCGCCGCCCCCGCCACCGCCCCCUGGACCCCCUCCGAUGCCCAUGCCUGUGCAUGAGCCCCUGUCCCCGCAGCAGCUGCAGCAGCAGCAGGACAUGUACAGCAAGAAGAUCCCUUCCUUGUUUGAGAUCGUGGUGCGGCCCACGGGACAGCUGGCUGAGAAGCUGGGCGUGAGGUUCCCUGGACCCGGUGCACCUCCAGGACCAAUGGGUCCUGGGCCCAACAUGGGGCCUCCAGGACCUAUGGGGGGCCCCAUGCACCCGGACAUGCAUCCAGAUAUGCACCCGGACAUGCACCCAGAUAUGCACCCGGACAUGCCGAUGGGCCCUGGCAUGAACCCCGGCCCACCCCUGGGCCCCGGCGGCCCCCCAAUGAUGCCCUAUGGUCCUGGAGACUCCCCGCCUUCUGGAAUGAUGCCCCCCAUCCCACCAGCCCAGAGCUUCUAUGAGAACUUCUACCAGCAGCAGGAGGGCAUGGAGAUGGAGCAAGGACUCAUGGGGGACGCAGAGGACUACGGGCACUACGAAGAGCUGCAGGGGGAGCCUGGGGAGCAUCUCUUCCCCGAGCACCCCGUGGAGCCCGACAGCUUCUCUGAGGGAGGGCCCCCAGGCCGGCCGAAGGCGGGCGCCGGUGUCCCCGACUUCCUGCCCUCGGCCCAGAGGGCCCUGUACCUGAGGAUCCAGCAGAAGCAGCAGGAGGAGGAGGAGAGAGCGAGAAGGCUGGCUGAGAGCAGCAAGCAGGACCGGGAGAAUGAGGAAGGGGAUACCGGCAACUGGUACUCGAGUGAUGAGGACGAGGGCGGAAGCAGCAUGACCUCCAUCCUGAAGACCCUGAGACAGCAGACGUCCAGCCGGCCCCAGACUGCGGCUGGGGAGCUGAGUGGCAGUGGGCUGGGGGACCCUCGCCUCCAGAAGGGACACUCCACAGGAAGCCGACUGGCUGACCCACGCCUAAGCCGGGACCCCAGACUCAGCCGUCAUGCCGAGGCUGCUGCAGGGCCAGGCCUGGGGGACACCGGGCCCUGUGACCCCCGACUUGCUCGCUCCCUGCCUGCCUCCAAGCCCGAGAGUGGCCUCCAUUCCAGCCCCGCAGGCCCAAGCAGCUCCAAGGGCUCUGGGCCGACCACCACCGAAGAGGAGGACGGAGAGCGGGCCCUGCGGGAGAAGGCUGUGAACAUCCCGCUGGACCCGCUGCCCGGACACCCGCUGCGGGACCCUCGGUCACAGCUGCAGCAAUUCAGCCAUAUCAAGAAGGAUGUGACCCUGAGCCGGCCGACCUUCGCCCGCAAUGUGCUCUGGAACCCAGAGGACCUGAUCCCACUGCCUGUCCCCAAGCAGGACGUGGUGCCCCCUGUGCCUGCUGCCCUGCAGGCCAUGCCCACACUGGACCCCAGGUUGCACCGGUCCACCUCCUCGGGGCCCCCGAGUGCCCGGCAGCGCCCAGGAACAUCUGCGGACUCCAGCGUGCCAGGCUCUAACCUGCCCGACUUCGAACUUCUCUCUCGAAUCCUCAAGACUGUCAAUGCUACCGGCCCCUCCUCAACAGCCCCUGGCACAAGUGACAAACCCAGCGACCCCCGGGUGCGAAAGGCCCCCACUGACCCUCGGCUGCAGAAACCAGCUGACCCAGCAGCCUCCCGGGCGGCCAAGCCCAGCCCCCCUGAAGCAGCCUCCCCAUCCUCCAGCCCCAGCGGGGAGUCCUCUCCACCAGCCACGGCGCCCUACGACCCCCGCCUGCUGGCCGCCGGCGGGCUGGGCCAGGGCAGCAGCUGUGGGCAGAGCAGCGUGCUGAGUGGCAUCAGCCUUUAUGACCCGAGGACUCCCAACGCUGGUGGCAAAGCCACAGAGCCAGCCGCUGAGGCGGGUGCCCAGCCCAAGGGCACUGAGGGCAACGGCAAGGGUGCAACCUCCAAGGCCAAGGAGCCUCCCUUCAUCCGCAAGUCGGCCCUGGAGCAGCCCGAAGCAGGGAAGGCCAGCAGUGCUGAGGGGGGCACGGCCACAGACCGCUACAACAGCUACAACCGGCCCCGGCCCAAGACCACCACGGCCCCGGCUGGGGCCACAGCCACCCCACCCCCCGAGGGUACUGCACCCCAACCUGGGGUGCACAGCCUGCCCGUGCCCACCCUCUUCGGGACCGUGAAGGCAGCACCCAAGUCGGGCUCAGGAAGCCCGUUUGCAGGCAACAGCCCAGCCCGCGAGGGGGAGCAGGACGCAGGAUCGCUGAAAGAUGUUUUUAAAGGCUUUGACCCCACUGCCUCCCCCUUCUGCCAGUAGUGUGAAGCGCUCUCUUCCACCCGCCCCCAGGGUGCUGAUCUGGGGCACCGGAGCUGGGGAUUUAGGGGUGGGGUGGGUCUGGGUGAUCUUUCCUUUUUCUUUCUUUUUUGUUUUCUUUUUUUCUGAGCAGUACUUCCUUUGAAGCUUAUAAAUUGUAUGUAAACACCUUCAGUUCUGGUCAGUGCUGCGGGGCUCCUGGCCUCCCACUGAGAAAACCCACUUGGACACUGGAGCCGUCACAGGUCCCCAGGCCUCCGUGGAGGUGGAUCCCCGGCCUGCUGCCCCGGGGUCUGGUGGGUUUUCUAGGCAACGCUUGGCAACCCUUGGCGCUCGCCAAAGAACAGCAGGCUUCCAAGAAGGCACUGAAAGCUGCAGGAGCCCGAGGGGAGACUGAGGCAGGCCUGGUGGGAGUGGGGUUGAGCAGUGCCAGGACUGUGGGCUCGGCAGCAUCCUUGCUGUCCUGUGCUGGGAGGCUCAAAUCCCUCGGCACCCUGGGUGCUUCGCUUCCUGCACCCGGUGCAGAUCCUGCCCCGCAGCCUGCAGCAGGAGGGCCCCUCGGAACCGGGUGGACCUUCUAUCAGUAUUACCCGUCCUCCCCUGUCCUGUCCCAAGGGGUCUGCCCACC